AUGUGCGAGACCCCCCCCAAAAGCCCCUCCCCGCCCCUCCCCCACCCCGGGGACCCCCCGGAAUUCCCCCCAAAGGCCCCAAAUUCGGGGGAUUCGCCCCAAAGGCGGCCCCGGGGCCGCGCCCCCGCGCGCACGCGCCUGCGGAACCGGCGCUUCGCGGCCCUGCAGGAGCUGCUCCGCGAGGGGGAAUAUUUCAGCGAGGAGCGGAUGCGGCUGCGGGCGCCGGCGCUGUUCCAGCACUACAUCGGGCGCUUCCGGGCACCCCAAAAACCCCAAAACGGCCCCAAAAUCCCCCAAAACGGCCCCAAAAAACCCCAGAACCUGCAGGAGCUGCUGCUGAGGGCGCUGGAGGAGAGCGAGGCUGAGGCAGAGCAGCAGGAGGAAGAGGAGGAGGAAGAAGAGGAUGAGGAUGAUGAGGAUGAGGAGCGGAUCCCGGACGCGGCCGAGCAGGAAUUGCUGCGCCUGGAAUUCACCUCCAGGAUGAUCCAGAGCUUCCUGGAGGGGCAGGACGGGGACUUCGACUACAGCCAGGUGGACGAGAACCCGGAGCUGGACGACCUGGAGCUGCUGUCGCGGGAUCUGGAGGAUCGAUAUUUCGACGAGGAGGAGCCCAGCCAGGCCCCCCUGCUGCAGUAGGGACAGCCCAAAAUUCCCAAAAAUUCC